AUGGAAGACUCGGCGCCAGUUCAGGAUGACACAUCGGAUCCGUCAUCGGGUGAUGCCCCCGUCGUCCUCAUAGCCGACGAUGGAGACAUCGUGCUGGACGUUACAUUCGAGACAUCCAAAGAGACCCUCGCCGCCGCUCGGAAGACUUGGCAAGCUGCCACGAAGAAGUUUGGCGCCCCACGUAUUCCUCAGCCCAAUCUGAGUCCGAGCAUCAAAGUCGCUCAUCGCGUCAAGCUCGCCGUCUUGAAGAAGCAUUCGCGCUACUUUGCCAACCUUCUCGGAAACAAGCAGUUUGCCGAGGCCAGUAAAGUCGACGAGACUCUGGCUCGCCUGGUGUCCGAGAAACUCAAACUAGCUGAGGUGGACUCCAGCGACUUGCCCUGGAUCUCCAUUGUGGACGAUGAUGAGGCUACCCGCUCUAUUGGCCGUGAAAAGGUCUUUGAGGACUUGAUGAGAAUCAUGCAUGGGAACCAAAUACAAUCCACCUCCGUCAAUAUGCUUCAUGUGACUACUCUAGCCAUUCUGGCGGAUCGGUUUGAUUGUCGAACCGUAGUCUCGAGAUACCUUAGUAUCGACUUGAAGUUCAAAUGGCCUCUGACAAGUGCCAAACCUGCUCGGGCCGGUACUGUCAAGAAGACUCUUGAUGUUGAAAACGUACUCCGGCAAAAGAUCUUGGUUGCCUGGCUCUUGGAGCAGCCUCCAAGGCUUCACAACUACACGAGAGAACUCAUCCUGCGCGGCUCCGUCCGUUGGAGCAAUCUGGCUGUUGAGGAGCCUAGCCGCACAGAGCUGUGGUGGAAUCUGCCCGACGACCUGGAGCGAGAACUGCAAUACCGCCGAGAAUGUGUCCUGAACACCAUCGCGUCGAUACAGCGUCACUUCCUCGGACUCUACUCUUCCCGAGAGAGACAAUGCAAACUCGGCUAUGACUCGAGUUCAGCAUGCGACUCCUUCCAGCUCGGCCAAAUACUCAAAUUCUUCACCGGCAAAGAGUUGAUGGGCAUCGUCGACUUUGGGCCCAGCUCUCUCGACAACAUCCCAGAUGCGUCGGUAAUCGAUAUUGAGGAGAUACUGGCAACUCUGAAGCAGGUCCCGAGCUACCAGAUUGACAAGCACCAUACCAACUGUGGUAUUCGAACUCGCCUGGAGCCUAUUCUGGAAUACAUCAGGUCGAUGCUGUCUUCAACGGUCCUCUCCAUCUCACAGGUCGAGUGGAAGGACAGCCGUAUGUCUGCCUCAUGGAUUCCCGAUGAUGAGAGCUCGGGGCGAGAUAGGGAAGAAGAAAGGUUUGAAUUCACUCGGGGGUUGGCAAGUGACCAACGACUGCGGUAUGAGGGCAACAUGUACGCUGAUAAGAUAGCACGCAAGCUAUUCACCGCCGAUAAGUGGGAUUGGACACCUGAAUACUAG